CAGAUAGUUCACCAGAAGAGGAAACAGAAGUCGCACGGUGCUCCACAGAAAUGGCUGGUGGUCUCAUCUCCUGUCUGCUCUGGUUCUUCAGAUACAGCCUCGUCCUGCUGCUCCUCCACGAUGUGGAGGCCAAUAAAUGCAACGAUACAAUCCAUAGAAAGGUUGGAGAAAAUGUGGAGCUCCCCUUAUGCUCAUCAAGUGAAGGGGUCAGAUAUGCAGAAUGGAGAUUCAGACAGCAGGCCAUUAUAGAGUGGUAUGAUAACAGCAGUCACAAAGUUCGAGAGUUUGAAAGAACAAUAGACAUGAACCUUGAAAAUUUGUCUUUAAUCUUGAAAAGUUUGACCCUUGAUGACUCAGGGACUUAUGAGUUUAGCUCAGAUAGACAUGGAGAGCAAAUACCCUCGACCGUCAUCACUCUGCAAGUCUACGAGGUCAUUAUGGAGCCAGUCAUAUGGCUUAACUCUACCUGGCAUGAGUCUAACAGCUCCUGCACCGUUUUCCUUGAGUGCAGCGUCCUCCAUCUCAGCAGUGUGUCCUUCAGCUGGACUGUCGGCAGUCACAGCUACACAGGCGCCAAAGUCUUCGUCUCCCUGCAGCUGCAAGACAACGAGACUGUCAUCUGCAACGCUUCCAACAGAUUCAACAAGACGUCUACAUUAAAAAUGGUGACGUGUGUAAACACCACGUCUACAGACGCCCCGCCGGGUCCACCGCUGUUGCAUGUCAUUGUGACUGGGGCAGUUGUAGUAUUGCUUUGUCUGGUCUCGGUUGUCAUCGGGACUUCCUGUUACAGGAAAUGCAAACGUACGGGCGCUGAUGAAAUUGAUCCCACCAUAUAUGCUGAUAUCACUAACAGCGUUCAGCCCGAAUGUUUCCAGGAAACAUCAAAUAACCCAACAAAUCCACCCUCAAUCUACGAAACCAUAAACGAUCAGCGCCCCCAGAUCUGCACACUCUACGAGAAGGUCUGUUUUAACCGGCGGACGGAGACCCCCACCUCCUCCUCUCCACACCUCCGCCUCCCCCCCCCCAGGACCCCGGCAGGCCUCGGAGCUUCAGACGCACUGGUCCUCUGACAGCUAGCGAGCCCAUGUUCCACCAAUCCAGCUAUGUAUAAACACUGUAAAUACUG